AUGGCUUUCUCUUUCAAGAUACACGAUUCAGAAUUGAUCGUGGGCCAUAGAUUAGAAGAUUAUAUCAACGGUCCAACGCACCAUACCUUACAUCAUUUGUAUUUUAAUUGCAAUUUCGGCCAGAACCCAGAGGUGGAUGAUAAAUCAACACUCGAUUUGGCACAACAGAAAUCCACAAUUCGAAAAAAUAAAGAAAUGGUGCUGGAAAAGGAUUAUCAAUAG